UAAUCAUCAAAACAAUACUGGACGAAGCAUUUUCAUUCAUAAACGCGUUCCUACCGGUCGUGGAUGUUUUGCGACAUUAUUUUUUUGACAUAGACGUAUGGAGGCUAUAAAAGAUCAAAUGAAUAUUUAUAUAAAAGAAUACAUAAGACAAAUAAUCUAAGAGGACAUGCGUUAUCGUGUAUUUUCGUUAUGGUGCGGAUCGGAUCGUCCAGGAUUCUUUCUAGGAACAACACUGCUGGUGGGACUCAUCUCCUUUGUUUAUGCUGCAGGGCUUCAAGCCAGUCUCAGUAUAGGUCGAGGUGGAAAUUUACCACGUUUCAGAGAUGUGUUCCUGUUUGCUCUCAAUCAUGAUGAUUUGCCUGCUUUGCUAGUCAGCAUUUCUCUGCUGCUGCUGUUCAGCCCAUAUCAGGAGCGUCGAUGGGGAACUGUCGCCUACCUUGUGCUCUCCAACCUGACAAUGAUUGUAUUACCUUUCAUUUACACUUUGGUCAUCUUUGCAUUUCGUCUUCAAGCCAGUCGGAUCUGUGGCUACGCUGCCAUUCAGCUGGCAUUGUUUACAGCCCAGUGCCGUCACUUGACGAAGAGGCGGGUGCAAGGUUGCGUGCCAGUUUGGGUUCUGCCCUGGUUGCUGCUGCUGCUUUUGCUGGUCGUGCUGCCAGGGACUCCCGCACUGCUUAAUUUCUGUGCAAUAUGCAUCGGUCACAACUAUAGUCACAGCUUUAUUGGGAUGCUACAGGAGCUGGAGGAAGCCACUGUCCUGACUUUCAUUCCCACUUGGUUGUAUAUUCCCACUCUGUCUAGACUGAGACUGCCAACCUACAGCUCCUCACAGAUAGAUCAUGCGACUUCACCUGCCACCAGGGAGCGCUCAACAUUGAACCACCUUUUCUGGGAGGAGCCACUGUCUCCAUGGAACCAAGGGUCUGAUGCAGAAGCGUUGGAGGAACAGAUGCUGAGGGCUGGAAUACUUGCCUCUUUACAGGAUGUCCCAGAUGAAGUGAGUCGAAAAGUGGAAGUGCCCAAAUCAUCGGUGUCUGCACUGAGACUCCAGCAGUUGGAGAAGAUGGGCUUCCCCACAGAAAAAGCUGUAGUGGCGCUGGCAGCCUCAAAACAGCUAGAUGGCGCUAUCUCCCUGCUUAUAGAUGAUCGUGUUGGCGAGCAGGCUGUGGUUAUAGCCAAGGGGAAGACCCCUCCACCUAAGGACUCCGACCCUCGACACUGAAACCAUCCCUUUCACUGGACAUUUGUAUGUUCUUCCACAUCUUUACCAGUGAAUUUGGCUCCAGGAACAUAAUUUUUGGACAGAAUUGGUAGGUUUAGCUCAGUGGACAUCUCGUUCAUACACUAUUUAGAUGCAUCUAGCAUGAGGAACAAACGCGAGCUUGACACCCCCCCUAGCAACAGUUGCUAACGUCAUGAAUAUUAAUGAGCAAAAGUCAUGUGUUGCGUGCAGUAUGCUAUUUGCGUGUAAGUUGGAAUAAACCGUUUAAGUACCCAUACAAAGUAACUAUCCAAAUGUAUUGUAUUUUGUUUAAUGAUGGAGGAUACACUGCCCUCUGGUGGCAGCAUUGGGUCUGGCUGGAUUGUGGCCUUGUAUGACUGAGGUGCAGACACAGAUGUCUGACCUGGAUAAAGGAUAGCUGCGCUCUGGUUUGGCCCACAUAAGGCUGUAAGUUGUUUCAGCUAAUAUAUGUUUGCACUUGUAAUUAAGUUUCAUGCGAGCGAUUUGCUAUGAGAAUUGUAAAUACUGUACAUUAGCAUUCGUACCAUUUAGCUAGUGGACUUUUUUUUUUUUAGGCAAAUUGGACUAAUUUAAUCACUAAAUUUACACAUUGAUCAGACUAGAUCAGGGGUGUCCAAACUUUAUGCAAAGGGGGCCAGAUUUGCCGUGGUAAAAAUGUGGGGGGCCGACCUUGGCUGACCUCCUUUACGUAGAACAAUAUAUUUAAGCAAAAUUUAGCAAGCCAUUCAGUGUGUCACAUUUGCUUUAUUAUUUUCUUAAUGAAUAAUUUCAACAAUCUCGCAACUAGCCUUUACGGCGUUCUCUUUCGACUCUCAGGCUCUUGCGAAAUACUUCUGCUGUGAAAUUAAACUAGCUUCAAGUUGCUUCAAUUUCUUGCUGCGUAUCUUCCCAGUAUUCUUGUCGUACAUGUCAGCGUGUCUUGUUUGGUCAUAUCGCCUCACAUUGAAAUCUUUAAAACAGCGACUGUCUCUUUGCAAAUGAGGCAAGACACAGUUGUUGCGUAUUUUAGUGAAGAACUAGUCCAAUUUCCACCUAUUCUUGAAGCGUUGGCCGUCACAGUCAACUUUUUUUUGUUGAUUGUCGCCAUUUUAGAAAAUUGGAAGUAGAGGGUCACACGGAGUAAUGUUGCUUAGCCCUGAAAUACCUGCAACAUGAAGCAAUUAUCAGAGAAUCCCAAAAUUUGAAAAAUAAGGUCCUAAUGAAACCUUUUUUUUCCAAUUUGUGAAAAGAAAAGUCAAAAUGAAAAUGUGUAAUAAGCGCUCUAACAUCUCUAAAUAGAGCUGGGAAUCUUUGGGCACCUAACGAUUCGAUUACGAUUCAGAGGCUCCGAUUCGAUUAUAAAACGAUUAUUGAUUCACCCCCUUUUUUUAUUUUUAUUUUUUUUAAUGUUUUGUACAUUAGUUCUAAAAUUGUUCAAAAAUCCUCUCAGGCUAAACCAAACUACUAUUUCAGUAUCAAGUUAACAUAUAGCAGUAAACAAAUAUACAAAAAUAACGGUAAAUUAAAAAAACCUCCAGUCCCCAUUCUGUGUCAGCAGCUUUAAACUACAUUCAAUUAAUUUAAUGUUGUGAAUCAACCGUUAAAGUUGUUAAAAUUGCUCCCGUUAUUCCAUAAUUUCCCUUUUGUCUACUUUCAACAUGUGAAAGUUUUAAAACUCUUUUAAAGAUAGAUUCAAGUCAAUAUUUUACCGAUUUAGGAGUAUUUUAGAUAAAAAGUUAAUUAGGUUUGCUUGGAAGGUUCGCUACAACAGCCUUGCAGGGAAGUGUACUGCUUUAAGAUGGCAGCCGUUUACUAACGCCCGCAUCUAGCUUUUUGUAGGUGUGCUGCUAACGCUAACGAAUCUCUAAUGCAUCUAGUCCUAUAUAAAUGAUAUCUACUGUAACAUUAUGUGGAUGUACUUUGUAGCAGCUUUUCGGCAGCAGUCAGGUAUGUUGUUGUGUAUUUUUUAUCUCGUGGCAUGAGUUGAGCUAGAGCCGUGAGUUGAGCAUUGGCAUUACCCGAGGGGCCGGGUAAUGAGAAGCAUGAUGUUUAGCUACUCUCGCGCCGUUCCUCAUUGACCGCGCGGCACCAUGAGUGUGUUGUACUUCCGCUUUACUUGGCAUAUUUCAAUAAUCGGAAUUCAGAUGUUUGUGAAUCGUUCUCGAAUCUUCCAUGGUCGAAUCGCGAAUAAUCUAAGAAUCGCAAAUUUCGCACACCUCUAUGUUUUUUUUCUCAUGGAACCUGCAGAUGCAUUUGUCGACUCGCAUCCAUAAUUUUUUUUUCAAAAAGAAAUGUCAAAAAUUCUAAAUUAGUCUGAAAAUCAUACAAUUUUAGGUGUAUCAAAUGUAAUACAUUUUGCAAUAAAGGGUAAAAGUGCUGCUGCCUUUUAGUGGGUAAAUGAGGAGCAGCAAUUCGUGUGUAAGCUACUUUAUUUGCUGGUUGCAGUACUGCUGACCAAUUUAUUAAGUCUGUGUGUGGGCCGGAUGUUAUUGAUUUUAUGACAGAGGCUGGGGGCCGGAUGAAAUUUGACCACGGGCCGAAUUUGGCCCCCGGGCCGGACUUUGGACAUGUCUGGACUAGAUGGACGUUUGAACGCCAAUGUUUUAGUCUCGAGUGUUUUAUUGUUAAAUUGCGUGACGUUUUGAACAAAAGUGUACAUCUGUGUGUUACAGCUUUACAAAUUGUCCGAAGUGAAGGAAAUAAAAAGCUUUAAAAAGCACAAUUGCUUUGAUUGCUGUCUGUCAAGCUGAACAACUUCACGUUUAGUGAGGGCAGCACAAGUCAUGUUAUUAAGGUAAAGUAAAAAAACAACAACAUACUGUUAGGUACAAUUAGGUAUUGUUUGUGCGACUAAAAGAAGAAAAAAAGACUGGAGACAAAAUGGCGGACGAGAUGGUGUCGGAAAGUCGAAAUCACGUCAGUCGAGUACGUCGUAACCCGGGGACUACCUGUAUAUUGACGUACGCAUUCUUUGAUGACAUAAAAGAGACAUAACACGUUUUUAAAAAAACCUGAACAUUUAUUACAGCGAUCAUCAGGAGAUAGGAUUAUAUUAACAAACAUUUGCAAAAAAAAAAAAAAAAAAAUAGCAAAUGGUUAUAUGACAGCAUAAAAACACAAACUACCAAUUACAAUAUUAAAUACGUUCACAAUGUUUGAUUUACAAUGAUUAAAAAAAAAAAAAAAGUCGUCUAUUAGGACAGCACCAACAUACUGUAACAGUGGUUCCAGUUUUGCCAUUUCCUGUGUGUUGAAUUUAAAUACAAUCCAAGCAUCAUAGGAUAUGCAACAAAUGUAAAUACGUUGUAUACUUAUAUCACUUUUUCAUUGUGUAUUUUACCUGUAAAACACUUCAAACACACAUAUAGUAACACGUCUUGGUUAAAGUAGUGACAACUGCUUUUUAGUGCACUACAUAACACUGAUUUGAACAAUAUAAGCGAUAUCAUAAAACCAAUAAAAGAGGUUUUCUGUUUAAUUCAGAAAAUUGUGCAUGCUCAAUAUACUUAAAUAAUGAGUUCUCAAGGCAUUGCUGUUACAUUGAGAAAGAAUAACAAAAAAUCCAGUCUCUUAUGUUACAGCUCUACAAAUUCCUUAAGCUAAAUAACCCUUAUUGCCCAGACGUGUGGCACCGUGGAGCACCACAAGUGAAAAAGCUUCCUUUUUUUCAAACGUGUCAGGCCCAGUGAGCUGCAGCUGGAAGUGUUUAUGAUGAUAGGGGGUGUCAAGCAAGUUGUCUGAAGUACAUGCUGGGGUAUCAUUGGUGUUUCCCUGAGGUGUCCCACAACCUAAAUCUAACAGGAAUGCCCCCACAGAAAGGCUUAUCGCUCAAGUGUUUUGUGCCGAUGUGACUUUUAGGAAGGUAAGCCAACCCAGCCUGCAGUCCUCAAAGGGUUGGGGUUAGGGCUACUUCCCUCGAACCUUGGUGUCGGAGGACAGAGGAGAAGCAAGUCGAUAUGGAAGCGCACCUGCUCGCUUAUCUCUGUAGAAACUAGGGGAGACUGUGCCAAAUGGUCCAUCCCCAGAGCCUAGAUCAGGUUCUGUUGAAGAAAGACAGCAGUUGGAACAGGGCCUCCCUGUCCAGCACUGUUUGGCCAUGUGCACGCUGUUGUCUUUAUCUUGUUUUUAAAACUCAAAUGACCAUAUUAUGAUCUAUUUUCUUAAUACAACAGGCCUAUAAUUUGUCGUUGCUAUUAGAUUCUGCCAUGAAAUGUGUCAGGCGAGUAGGGCUGCAACAACACAAUAUUAACCACACAACCCAAAUACAGUAAUUACUCAGCUGUUUCAUCACCAUCAUUCAGGCAUGAUAAUGGUUUUGUUAUUAUCCUAUGUGUUUUUCUUAAUUACACCGCUGGCCAAAAGUAUUGGAGCCCUGCAAUUCUGUCAGCUCAACUUCUCCCAGAAAAUGAUUGCAAUUACAAAUGCUUUGGUACUUCCGUAUUAGCCCGAAUAUAAGACAGCCCUGAUUAUAAGACAACCCCUUUUUUCUCAGGACUCAAGUUUGAAAAAUGACUUUUGCACACCAAAUUAAUUUUUAUACAGAAAAUUAGAUUAGAUAAUAUAUAUCUAUAAUAUAAUAUAAUAUAUAGAUUAUGUUAGAAAAUUAAGAGAUGUCCCGAUC